AUUCUUUUUAAACUUAUUACUCUUUUUAAUUAUUACAGUUGCUGCAGAAGAAUUCAACACCUGUUGUGUAUAAUGAUAUUGGUAUUCAACUGAAGUUCAAAUCAUGAGUACUUCUGAUGAAAACACUUGCGUUUUAUGUGGCGUUAGAGACGACAACCCCACUUCAGUUCUUGGCGACAGGGGAUGCCAGAGCAUCAUAGCAGCCAGCAAGAAUAAGGGUCGAACGUUGGUCGUCUCACCUGGACAGCAAGUUCACAAGGAUUGCAGGAGGAUUUACUGCCACCCCAAUCAGAAUCGUCUCAAUAGCAGCAGCAAAGAAAAUUUAUAUACAAGUCCAAGUACUAGACAGUCAUUAGAAUUAUCAUUUGACUUUCAAACGAAGUGUUUUUUCUGUGGAACAAAUGCAACACAUGAACAACAUAAACGUAAACGAGGUAGAGAUGUUCACCCUGUUUUAACAUUAGAGUUUCAAAAGUCUAUUAAAGAUGUUUGUUUAGAAAGAAAUGAUGAUUGGGGUGAUAUAGUAUUAGGCCGAUUAGAAUGUGUCUGUGAUCUUCCUGCUGCUGAAGCUAGAUAUCACCAGUCUUGUAGUUCUAAUUUUAGGUCUGGAUAUAAAAUUCCAAAAUGUUUUCAGUCACCAGUGACAGAUGAUGGAGCAGCAUAUGAGACGGACCAGUGCAGCAAGACAAAGAAAGGCAGACCUGCUUGCGUUUGUGCAGACAAUGCCUUCAAAACUGUUUUGGAAGAAUUUGAGGAAACUGAAAUUGGGUUUAUCACAAUCAGCGACUUGGUACAAAAAAUGGCAUCCAUUUGUGGUGAAGAUAACUCGUACAGCACAACAUAUAUGAAAAGAAGAAUGCUAGAGCAUUAUGGUAAUAGUAUUAUAAUUACAGAAUUGAAUGGAAAAUCCAAUGUUGUUACUUUCAGAAGUAGAGCCCAUGCUAUUUUACAUAACUAUUAUCACAGACAAAAUAAAAAUGACAGUGAAAGUGAGAAACUGGCAAUCAUAAAGACAGCAGGAAAACUGAUUCUGAAUGACAUCAAAGAUAUGGAGGAAAAUGCAGAGAUAUACCCAUCUGCAAAUGAUAUGUCAACUGGAGGCAACAGAAAAUAUGUACCUCCUAGUCUAGUAACAUUAUUACAGCAACUCAUUGACCAAAAGGAUAGUGAAAACAGCAGUGGAAUUAUCAGACGAAAAACCGACGGUGGUUACUGGUGA